AUGGGUGGAAUUGUUUACGCGAUGUUUAAGGAUGUGUGUUGUAUUCUGGGGAUGAUGGAAGAUGAAAAUGAGUACAUUGGUGCAAUCAGAGGGGCGAACGGUUUGACUCUAUCAAAUUCGUCAAUGGAUGACACAGAGUUGGUACUCGAUGAGUUGGACUACGACGACUUUGCGAUUCCUAAAGAACUGAAACGAUAUCUAUCUUCUAUCACGGAUAAGCAUAGAAGGGUCUAUGAUGCCACCAUGGAUGCUGCAUCGAAGAAUUGCGACGGGAUGUACUUCCUUCUAAGUGGAAAUAAAUUCACAUGGAGAACGUUGUCCGCUGCUGUCCGUUUAAAGGGAAAAAUAUUUCUUAAUCAUUAUACAGCAGAGUCCACUGGCAAAAUUGCUUAUAAAGGCAAGACUUAUGUAUGGGAUGAGGCCCCAAUGAUGCAUAAAUAUUGUUUAGAAGCGCUUGAAAAGACCAUGAGAUCUAUCACGCAUGUUCCCAAACCGUUUUGUGGCAAGGUGAUCGUUCUUGGCGGAGACAUCAAAUUGAUUUUACCUGUGGUGCUGAAGGCAUCAAGGCAGGAUAUUAUUCACACUACGAUCAACUCACAUCCACUUUGGAAAGACUGUAAGGUUCUUAAGUUGCAUAUGAAUAUGAGGCUUCAAUCAAGCUCUAAUCCAUUCGAGCUUGAAGAAAUAAAUGAGUUUGCUGAUUGGAUACUGAGUAUCGGUAAUGGGGACGCGGGAGAGCAAAACGAUUGUGAAGCGUCCGUUGAGAUUCCCGAGGACAUGCUAAUUCCAGAUUCUGAAGAUCCAUUAUUGGAGUUGUUGAAGUUUGUGUAUCCGGAUUUGUUGAGUAACAUAUCAAAUCCCGAUUAUUUCCAAGGGAGUGCAAUGCUUGCACUGACUAAUGACUGCGUUGAGUUUUUCAACAACUACUUAUGUUCCCUCCUUCCCAGCGAAGAGAAGUUGUACCUCAACGCGGAUUGUAUGUGCAAGGAUGAGAUGAGUUCGGAAGAGAAUGCUGAAAUUUAUACGACCGAAUUCCUCAACACCGUAUCUUGA